AUGGCCAAGAAUCACCCGGCAACUCGAGUCAAGACAGAACGUCACUACUCUUAUGAGUGUAAAGCAACGGCUCAGGAACGUCCUUAUGUGUCGCGCCCAUCACGAUCUCAGCAGUUGCGAAACCCCAAGCUUGUGCCCAAGCUUACAAAUGAGACACUGAACCCUCUGGAAAAGAAGGAGGGUGUUGCUGAUGCGGAACUGGCGAAAGUAGACGCUGAACGCGCACGCAAGCGCGAGCGCGAGGAGAGAGAUGACGAGCUGAUCAACUCAUCCGCAAAGCGACACAGAUCCGUUUCUUCUCACUCUGUGUCUACUAUUUCUACUGAGCUGGAUCACCCCGUGCACGUGGAAGAAGUCCUCAUUCUGACAAUUCACGAGGCCGAGAUGACAUUCGAAGCCGGAGUCGCAGUUUCAGCUCGGACCGCAGCCAAAGUCCUCGUAUCGAAUCUAAACGCAGGAAAUCUAUGUCUGGCGAUGAUCGUUCUCCAGAAGACUAUGAUCGCCGCAAUCACUAUCGAUCUCGCGAUCCUCUGCCCCCAGGUCGAGAAACUACGUCUACGAAGCAGUCGAGAAGGGGUUCAUCGGGGUCACGGAGUCCAUAUGGAUACAGGGGCCAGCGUGCUCAAGGCUCAAGGUCGCCAGGGCCUAGCGGAAGACACGGCGAGAGGCCUGGUCCGUCUGGUACCCGACAUGGCCGUGAGAGACCAGCACCACGCGGAGGAUUUGAUGGAAAGAGAAACGGCCACGGAGGUCGCCAUCAAGAGAAUGCACGAGAGCGAAGUUUGA